GAUACCUCAAAGAGUAUAAUAAUAUAUAGGGAAUACCGCUAUGUGAUACCUACAUAGCGGUGCACAGCACUUGCAAAGUUGCACUUUUUAGUAGGGCCUAUGUUUAGUAAAUUAGUAUGCAAUGCUUAAAAAGUAUCGAGAUUAGCAUUACUUUGGAGUACUGUUAAUAAAAUAAAACACUGGCUUCUGAGAAUUAUACAAAGAAGAUGCUGGAUGGAUGGUACUGUCGCUCAAUGGCCAAUAUGCAGGCUAAUGAAGCUGCGGGAGCAAACAGUACUGAGACAGCUGAUACUUCGCAAGGGGAUUCCAAUAAAGACUUUUCAAGUGAUAGCAGUAGUGAAAAUGAGCAAGAACCUAAUUAUAGAGCUCAAUAUUUAUCAUUAAAGAAAAAACUCAAAUAUUUAAUUUAUGAAAAUGAAUGUUUUCAAGAUGCUUUGAGGUCAAGCCAAAAGAGACUGUUAAAGGUAUCAAGAGAUAGGAGCUUUCUAUUAGAUAGACUUUUACAAUAUGAAAAACCUGAUAGUUCUACAUCCGAAAGUGAAGAUACUGAGUCUUCUGAUGAUGCACAAUGCACUAAUUCAAACACAGUUAAACGCAAGAAAUUAGAGGUUGCUCCUGGUCAGCAGACUGUUUCAACACCAUCAUCAGUGAAUAAAGGUCUCAAUAGUAAUAUGAAAAGGAAAAGAGCUGUUGUCCCUAAAAAAACAACAAACACUAAUAAUCCUCACCAAACUAGUGGCAAUAUGAUGUCUAAAUUAUCUCCUGCACUUGGAUUUGGGUUGAACACUAGUGAUGGUCAUAUGACACCAGAAGAAGUUGAACGUCAUCUACAAUCUAGACAAACAUAUUUAGAAUUACUUCCAGAACGUGCUCCACCCACUGUCCCAACAGAAAUGUUUAGUAAUGAUCCUUCAUUGGACAGUGAGUCAAAUGAUGUAUUGGAAAAUUCACCAAAAGUUGAAGAGUGGUUUGAUUAACAGUAUCUAAGUUCGAUGUUAUACAAAUGUUGGUUACAUCGAACCUAUUGUAAAAUGGUCCUAUUCAUAAGAUAUUUUGUAAUUUAUUGUGAAAUAGGAAUACAAAAUUUAAUACUAAGGCCUAACAAGUUUUUGACAAAAAAGUCACAUAUUUAGAAGUUAACAAUAUGUUUUACACCUUUUGUAAAUGCAGUCAAGGUUAAUAUCUUAAAAAUAAAAGAGUUUCAUAAAUAUUGA